UAGCGACGUCUGCGGGAACGCCAUUCCAAGCGCGUGCGUUGUGGCUCUACAUCUAGACAGGGAAAGGGGAUCAGAACGUAAACCACUGUAGCUUCUGGAAUAGUGGGAAUUCUCUUGAAAUACAGAGAAUACCAGUGGAUAGAGACGUACUUGAAGAAAAAACAGUAGGUGUGUAAGAAUGGCACGGCCAAACAUGCCAUGCCAAAUAAACACUUUUUGUGGGUGUAUCCCGCUGGAAAGGGGUGUGUUAAUCAUUGGAAUAAUCUCAAUGUUUGUUUCACUGACAGAGUUGUUCAGGAUCUCACUUCAUUUUGUCGACUUUGAAUUGUCUCUCAGACAUUGUCAGAGACUCCUGAAAGACCUGAAGAAAGCAGAAGGAGAUGGUAAAGUUGAUGCCACAAUCGGGAAUGAGACACGUGAUAAAUGUCCUCAUGAAAAUCUAGUGAAAACAAUGUAUUUUCCGUUGGGACUUCAAGCUAUUCUCUGCAUUGUUUACUUUAUUCUAAGUGUGCAGUUGGUGUAUGGUGUUAAAAUGGGCAGACCCAAGCUGUUGUUACCAUGGAUGUUGUGGCAAGCAGCACCAAUCUUUUAUGCUUUCAUGAGCAUCUUCACACCAAUUAAGCCACCGGUGCCACUGAACUUGAUUUCUUUCUUGUUUGUUGUUUACUUCCUCCUGGUGGUGUUUUCCUACUACAAUGAGGCCACAACAAGAGAGAGGCCAGUAGCAGUUACAGUUGUGGCAGUAACUCAAACUCCAUCUGGAAUGACUGUCAGCAUUCCUUCACCGGGAAAGGAUGAUGCUCCACCUCCAUACCCAGGGUACAUUUCAGAAUUCAACCCAGCAUACAGUUCUACAGAUGAAACAUCAGCCCCUCCAUACACUUCCCUGCAGAUGCCUAAUUAUGCAACUCCUCCUCCUUAUUCUCAAAUUAUUCAACAAAGUCCAGGAACUACUCAACAAAGUCAAGGAAACACAAGUUCAGAGCAUUCAGCACAGAACUCAAGUCAAAACAGUGCAGCUGGGUCACCAGCUGAAACCUGCAGAGAAGCAGUACCUCUGGUCAAGAAAAGUUCGCAGUCUAAUGAGUAGACUGCUUCUUGCAUUCAACUAUCAGAAGAGAUUUGUGAAUGCAACUUGAAUUCUUAACUAGAUGCAAAUUAUAUUAUGUAUAUGUAUUAUGUAUUUGCUUGCAACCUACUCUGUGUUUGUAAGCUGUUGUUUGAUGUUAUCAGCAUUUUUCAUGACUUCUGAAUCUUCAAUUUAAACAAAUUUCUUGUGAUUUUUCUUGUACAUGAAGUAUAAGGAGAAAGGAAAACAUUAAUUUAUAUCAUAGUCUGUUAUGUAAAAAUCUCCUUGAGUAAUAUAAGUAUCAUCUAAAGUUAAGUCAGUAUUCAAAUGAGAAAAGACGUCAGCUUUGACCUGUUCUCGCUGAAAGAUAUUUGCUUUUCUCCACUUCUCAGCAUUUUUUUACUAACUCAUUUUGAUCUAUCACAUUCCUCUCCAUUUCAGAUUUAGAAAAUAAGGAAAAGAAUUGAAUAAUCAUUGAGUUCAGUUAUCACCAUUUUGAAAGAACAUUAUUGCCAGCAUAUUUUCUUAGAAAAUUGGUUUCUGUUGAGUGGAUCAAAGUCACUGUUUAUACUGUAUCAAGGAUUUGCUAUAAUUCUUAAUAGAUGCUAGUCAUGUAUUUUGCACUUUUCAUGAAACUUUAAUGAUUGAUUUA